CUAGUCACGCUAAGCUCCACACGCAGUGUUCAACAGAGUGUGGUGAAUAAUACAAAAUAUCGAGCCGCCAUUGCCGAGGGGAGCCUGGCGAUGCAGCCGGUACCAGGACAGUUUGAGUCCCAUUCCGAGGCCAUCAAGUUCCUGCGCCACCGCGUGGAGCUGGGCGAGGACAUUCACGUGGACAAGGUGGGUCAAGAGUUGAAUAUGGUAGGUAAACCAUUGCCUAAUGUAGGCGCUGCCUAUACAGUCCGGGGCAGGACGGAGGUUUGGGGGGAGUACGAGAGUCAGGGGUUUAGUCAGAGCCGGAAGGACAAAGAUACCAAAGCGGCUGGGGUGCAGGAGCUACUCAAGCUGAGUGUGGACAUGUUCAUGCAGCAUGUGAGUGCGACGCAGCCGGCGACGGCUAGAAAUAGCACAUGGAAUGUUAUAAAUAGAACACGGAGUAGUUCUAUAAAUGGAACACGAGAUGGUGCUUCCGGUCGAGCACGGAAAGAGGGGUCUGGGAAGAAGAAGGUGAAGAAGAAGGAGAGCAGCGGUGUGACCAACCCCGGGGGGAAUGCGGGUAAGAGUGGGAAAUUGAUGGGCAGGCAAACCCCGCCAGCGAGUAAGAAAUCUAAAAAUAUAUCAAAAAAUAAAAAGAGAAAGGGUACAGAUGUGUCUGUGGAUAGGCAUACACGCGCCCCACCGACUUCACCUAGCCUGGAUGUCCCACAUUACGCGGGAGGGAAACAACUACACACACACUCACCUACAGGCCAAUUGAGUAUGGACACACACACACACUCACCUACAGGCCAAUCGAGUAUGAAUACACACACAGACAAAUACACGGUGCCGGUUAUAGCUGACUCUGCCAUUACGCACGGCUAUGAAGGACACAGGACGCUCACGCCCUUAUCGCAGGACGCGGAUGCGCUGUCCAAGAACACACACACGCACCACGAAGUACUCGCACAUAUGCCCCACACGGACACAUCCUUACACUCUGCGAGUGAACCAGUGGAGCACGGGAUGGGUCACUCUCCUGCACAGUACACAGGGAUAGGAGACAGGGACGUGGCGACUGUGGAGGCACAUACAAGGAACUGGCAUGACACAGCAACCAGGGCAGCGAUGUGUAGUAGCCACGCAUAUACCACAGACCAAGGCGUGGGGGGAGAAGGAAGUCCGUUUUUUUGCGAGAUUGGGGACAGGACCGGAGGCGGUCCUAAAAAAUUGGGAGCCGGGUGCACUACGGCGGGAGCUGGGUGA